UUAAAAUUUGUGUUUUCAUAACAAAUAUUCGCGCACGUUUGCAACCCCAAAAAGACCAUUUUUACUUUUGAAUAACGGCGCGAAUGUAUCAAUUUUUUGCGAUAAGUGAAAUUUUGCGUUUGUUUUCUCUGCAUUUAAUUAAAUUAAAUAAAACAAGUUUUUAAUUACAAAAUCCUCUUCUUUUAUUACUUUAAAAAUAUUUUUGAUAUGGAUUUUGAAGAAGCAAAGGAAAACAUACAACCUUUAGCCUCAGGACGAGACGCUAGUUUGUUACAAGCUUCGUUGCGGUUAGAGGCACAAGAAUUGUUGGCACAACGCCGUCAGAUGGAAGACAAUAUACAUAAUUAUGAAGGAGAUGACCCACUUGAGGCGUGGUACUCGUAUAUAAGUUGGAUCGAGCAAUGCUUCCCGUCCGGCGGUAAAGAAUCAGGAUUGGAAGAAGUUCUAACAAAAUGUCUGACACAUUUUGAAAAUGAUGAACGCUAUUACCAAGACAGGAGAAUGAUAAAACUUUAUAUCAAAUUCAUCAGCAGCCAUAAGAAUUCUAUUGAAAGUUACCAACAACUUUUUAAUGCGGGCAUUGGUACAAUGGUUUCGGACUUUUAUAUAAGCUGGGCUUAUUGCUAUGACUUGGUGGGGAAUACACGAAAAGCUGAUGAAAUAUUUAAACAAGGCGUUGCCUGUAGAGCUCAACCUCUAGAUGAGUUGAAAGAAGCGCAGCAACAUUUCGGUUUCUCUGUGGCGCAAAGAUAUAUUUAUGGUGACGAUGAAUGUGCUAAAGAUAGUGUCAAUCGACAGCUUGAAGAACGCCGUUUGGCACUGACUUCUCUACGUGGAUAUAGCCGUAAAGCAAAGGUUGGAAGUAUAAGAACAGGUGCAGCAGUUAAAAACUAUGUACCUGGUACCAUUCAAACUGAUUCUUCUUUGGUGGUAAAACGUUCUAAUGCUCCCGUAAAAGUUUUCAGUGACGAAAAUGAACAGCGCAACGUUCUACCUAAAGUAGCCGAAGAACAGAACGCCACUGCACCUGAGGAAAGUAAGUCUGUAAUUCGUACCAUAAUUGAGUCCGUACGAAGCCAGGAAAAUAAUAUAGAGCCUGGACCGUGGAAUAAAGCACACGAUAAAAAGAAGCGUGGCAAAUUAUUUACAAAAACUCAUGAACCAGGCUUUAAUAUACAUGAAGAUCAAUCAAAUGACAACGAAUUAAUUGAGAAGAUUUCAACAAUACAGCUAACAGAUGAUGAAAAAAACAUUGAGAAGCCAUUUAAAUACUAUCCAAAUUUUGCAAUCAAAAACAAGCCGCAAGAAAUUUGGAGUACCCCAGUCACGACAGAAGAAGAGCCGAAUGCAAGGUCUUAUCCUCAAUAUAAUAAAUGCAUGUUAUAUCCACGUGCUAAUAUGGAAUUUCAGUUAGAAGAACUCAUGGCCUAUAAUUGGUAUAAGCGACGAAAUAUAUCCAAUGCAUUCACGAAUCAGCGUGACAUAUUUUGGGACAGUCACAAUAUUAAUGUGAGUAUACGUAAAUAUCCAAACUUUGCCUCACACUCGCGUCCUCAAGAAUUGGGAUUGCUAGACUCAUACUUUGAACCACCUAAAAUUAAAUUGGUUGUGUCUUUUCAUAAAAUAUAUAACUCAAAAACUAAAACAGAAUAUCAAUUCGAAGAAUUGUUAGCCAUUAAAUUUAUGGAGAAAUGUAACAAUACAGUGUGUAUAGUCACAGACAUGGAUGAAACCAUAUGUCAAUCAGCUGUAAAAGCUCCACGACGUAAGAGUUUCUUUCCAACACGCCAUUCGAUUGCUGUAAAAAAUAGUGUUAAAGCUCCACCUUCUCCAAUCAAAGAAACGAACUCUACAAUAUUUGUGGAAGACCUAGUACAAACUAACUCUGCAGAAAUUGAUGUUGAUGCUGUUAAAACACAAUCUAAUACUGCUGUUUCUAUUGUACCACAUAUUAAUCAGAAUCUCCCUAGCGUUAACAUGCCAAAUACAAAAACACAAGAAGUUCCAAAUAUAGCUGAAUUAGAAGAACCUGUUAAUGGUGGUAUGUCUCAGCAAAAAUUUCAACCUUUCGAAAUCUAUGAGGAUCCAACCACCUCCAUUAAUUUUAAAUUUAAAAGACCAGCUCUACGUGGAAAACCCACAAAGCCAGUACUAGAUAUAUUAACAGUUGUUCCUCCACCACAAGUGGAAAAAGUAGAACCAGUAGGCUUUUUUGAUGCAGAUGAAACUUGCUCAACUCAAACAUUUAACAUAUUUUUAAAAUCACAAUCUGCCAGCACACCUAAAGUACCUAUUAAAACUACACAACGUCACUUCGGUACCACUUUAAAGGAAACUGCUAAGCCUGUUUCAGCAGCGGAACCAGAAGAACAUGAAACAAUAUUAAAUGAAAUGCCCACACAUACAAACGAAGUAUGUACCCAAAGCAAUAAUGCACCCAUCUCAGCAAUUCCGGCUGUACUACAGUACUCUCCAACACUUCAAAAACAACUCUCUACAAUAUUGGAAACGUCAGAGCACGGCACUACUCAAGGAACACAUUCCACUGGUACAUCAACCAAAUCGACAAUAAGUUCGCCAGAUUUUGAGAACGAAAAUCAACCAAACACAGCAACACGGCCGCUUCACACAGACUUGGAAACGGUUUUCGAACGAUCUCAAGAAGUAUCUGGAACCAAUUCCAAGGAAAAUAUUUUAUUGUCAAAUGUGAAUUUAGACACUAAAAGCAUUUCAUCAACAACAACAACAAAUAAGCACCCCGCAAUUGAAAACAUCGACUAUAAGCAAUCAAAAUACUCACCAAGCAAGGUACCAACAACACCUGCUGCAACAAGACUUCAUAACUUAAGAAGUAAUGUGUCCGUGCUUGACGAGUUUGCGGAAGAGUGCGAAAUCAAAGAAGCAGGCAAUUUCUCCAGAUUGAUGCAAUGUGAAGACACAGCACCGAAUAUUGCGAUGCGUACGGUGCGUUUCCAAGAUGACAAAACGGAAACUGUACCUACGUUGUUGGUAUCAGCACCGAACCGAGUUCAAUUUCAAGAAGACAAAACUGAAACUAUCUCUAAAAUGUUGAUUCAACCUGUCGCUACUGAUCAGAAACCAGAAGAAGAUAAGCUAAAUAAUUCAUUACAAAUGAUAUUCUUACCUCCCAAACCGAUACGAUUUGAAGACGAGUACACCGAAACCAUGCCUAAAUUAAUGUUUAAAUCGCAUGAUACCAACAACGCUAGCAUUGAUGAUUCAUUUCAGUUUUUCGUUAAAACACCUCCGGCCAUUGAAAAAUCGUUAGUAAAACAAAAUCAACAACUUGGAAUUACAAAACAAAUCUCUACCGUAAAACAUCCAUCCCCCUUGGUUCCAAAAUCGAAACGAUUUUGCGAUAUUGACACACCUGAGGUACAAACUAAUUUAAUGUUUGCUCAAAAGCCCAAGGAGAACACGAAAAAAACUAUGCUGCUAUUUGAGGAUGAAAUAAGUGAUAAAAGCAUGAAAUUACCUAAAGAUGCACUCCUCUCCUUUCGAAAAUCGUCCAAUAUAUCAUCAAAAAAUAUUUUAGAAGACUCAUUCCUACCUGACUUUUCUAUAAUUGCGGAAACACAGCCGAAGUUAGUUCAAAACAAGGAUAAACUGCUAAUUGGAUCAAGUCAUCGAACUGAAAUAACUAAACCUGAACAAGACGAUUCUCUUUUAUCCAACCUUUCAUUUAUUUCAGAAACACAACCAACAGCAAAUCCACAAAAGGAAAACACAAAAAACGAAAUUUCAGAAACACAACCAACAGCAAAUCCACAAAAGGAAAACACAAAAAACGAAAAAUCAGAAGCAGCCAAUUUAACAGGAGCUACAACGAAUAUAUCAGUUAAAAGAAUUGGUGCAAACAUCAGUGCAAACCAACACCAAGUGGACAACACAAAUCGGAAACAUGAAACAAUUGUUUCUGGAGAUUCUUUCAUGCACGACUUUUCCAUCGGGGAUAAUAGACCAUUACAAGUCUCUACAAAGUCUCAGAAUAUAUCGAAUUCAUUCUUCCAUUUAAACAAAUCAGAAACGAAAGACUCGAAUGCAAGCUCAUUUAUUAAACCGAAAUCACAGCUUCAGUUCCGAAAUACACAAAAUAAUACUCAUGAAAUGCAGGAUUUGUCAGUAGUUUUAAACUCUCAGCCACAGAAAGAAAACCUCAAAGCCUUCAGCUCUGGAGGUAGUACGUUGAAAUUUUUGAGCAAACCUUCACCAAAAGUUCCGACAAAAACAAAUUACGAAAACUCCCAGAGUAAUUUAAAUUUUUUAGAAAAACCUAAGACAGAUCUUAAUUCAGAGUGUAAGGAACCACAAAAACAAACUUCAAAAAAUAGUGAUUUGGAUGAUUUUUUCGAGCUGAACGCAGAAACUGCAUUAUUCUCAACGAAUAUAAGCUUAAUUAAAAACUCUACUUUGGUUUCGAAUUAUCCGCAAAAGACUACACUAGAACAAACUCAUGAGAUUAGAAGGCAAGUAACGCAAGACUGCAAAAAAUCUAAGCAGAGCUUUUUAAAGCAACCGUCAUCAUUUGUACAAGAUACAGUUGGCAAUAGAUCGAAUUUAAACGCAACAGAAAAAUCCCCAGCGGAAAAGCAUCGGACAUCGACUGCAUCCACAAAUAAACCUGCUACAAAUUACGAAAACGCCGCUAGCGCUUUGGGAAUAGGUGACUAUUUCAAUAAGGAGAAACUCAACUUAAGUAAUGAAUAUGACGAUGAAAUGAGUAUUUACUUCAAGAAUACACCCAGAACUCCCAAAAAUACCGUACAUGUAUGGAGAGAUUCUUUGGAUAAGUCUGAUAAUAAUUCCUUUGUACACCGGCAAUGCGAUCUAAAUCAAACCAAUCAGCUGGUGGAAAGGUUUUGUGUAGAUCCGAAUGUUAAUCCUUUUAAUGUGGAAUUAAUAAACGCUUUUCUAGAUCAAAUUGAUUUAAUAACGUUUUUAAAAGACUUGCAAACUUGUAGAAUGGUAGGUUGUGUCCCCUGCAUAAAACCAAACACAACGAUUGAAAUCAAUGGCGUUCAUUUUCAAAUUUCGAAACUUAUCGGUGAAGGAGCAUAUGGCGCUGUGUAUAAGGGUAUUGACACUAAAACUGGUGAUAAAUAUGCGCUUAAACAGGAACGGCCACCAAACUACUGGGAAUAUUAUAUUUGCUUGGAGCUACAAAGUCGUAUUACAUCAGAAAAUAUGUUAAAUGCGUACAUGAAGAUUGAAUUUUCUCUAAUCGGCAAUAACUCAAGUGUAUUAGUAUCCAAAUUUUCGGACUAUGGUUCACUGAUAAAUGUUUGCAAUAAAGUUAAAAAGUCAACUAUGAAAAAUGUGGACGAGUAUGUAGUGAUGUACCUGACAUGUGAACUUUUGGAAAUCAUGGAUCACCUGCACGCUGCUAACAUCAUCCACGCAGAUAUUAAACCUGAUAAUAUACUGUUAAUGAAUAAGUUGACAUAUCCAGCGAAGCAAUGUUGCCUGCAACUGAUCGACUUUGGUGUUUCGAUCGAUAUGCAGCUUUUUAAACCUGGGCAGACAUUCAGUUAUGUGCACAAUAAUAAUGCAUUCAAUUGUGUGGAAAUGCGUGACAAACGUCCAUGGACUUAUCAAUUGGAUUUGUAUGGCUUAGCGGGAGUGAUACAUGUAUUGCUCUUUGGUAAAUAUAUGGAAGUAGAAAAACGAUCCGAUUAUAUCUGGAUGCAUAAAACGCAUGUGCCGCGUUAUUUCAAUAAAAUCUUAUGGGAAACUAUCUUCAGGGAACUGCUGAACGUGCGCGAUUGCAACUCAAUGCCUAACUUGCAACAAUUACGUGCAAUUAUUAAGAGGGAAAUAAUAGAAAAGGAGAAGUUUGUUAUCAAUAAAAUAGCAGAGUUCAACAAAGCAUUAUCUUCAUAAAAUUUAAAACCGUACAUAUAUUAAUAUAAUUUAUUAUUUUCAUUAAUUAAUCAUUUAUAGAUUUUUGCAUGUUA